CUUUCCAUGAUUCCUCCUAAAUACAGAAGUUUCUCCAGGCUGGUCAGCUGCUUGCAGUCAAGACUUUUAGCCCAGCACAGAAAGAAGGGAAGAACCGAAUAGAAAAGAAAUGGCAAGUGGCCAGAUGUCGAGGGACGAAGCCCUGGAAUGCACCCGCUGCAGGCAUGCAUGCCAUGUGAUGCUCUACUCUGAGACGGCAACUCAGCUGUUUGGCAGGAUUCCCAUCUGGUACAUUGUACUGAUGCAGAUGCGCUUUGAUGGACUACUGGGCUUCCCUGGUGGUUUCGUUAAUCCCUCGGAGGAAACCCUGGAGGCGGGGCUUACCAGGGAAUUACUGGAGGAGUUGGGCGUGGCUGUGCCAGUUUCUACGGAAGACCACGUGGAGUCUUGUUUUAGCCCUCCUCGUUCAGGCACCUGUUCCUCUUCCUCCCGCCUCAUCCUUCACUUCUACGUGAAGAAGAUAGAAGAGGAGCAGAUUCGGGAGAUAGAGAAAGCAGCCGCGUCCACCGCAGCCGAUCACGGUCUGGAGGUGCUGGGAAUGGUCCGAGUCCCUCUUUACACCACAAAAUCCGGCGGAGGCCUCUCAUGCUUUUUGUCGCACUCUUUCAUUGGCGUUGCUCGCUCCCAGCUGGUGAACUCUCUGCUCCGCCUCCACCUGGUGUCCCCUGGGGACCUCCGGGAAGCUCUCAGGGGCUCCCAGAGGAGGCACGCGGAGUCCGCGCAGAACCUGCAGGCGGUCCUUAAACUGACAGGGGAGCAACCCUAAAGCACGUCGGCACGUGCGCUUCCUGACAUAAACUCUCAUCUGAGCAGUUUGACCCUGAAACUUGCAGUUGCUCCCACACACACACACACACACACCGAUGACUCAUCAUUGGUUUUUAGUGCGUUAGCUUUUAAGCAUCAUUUCCUUUACCAUUUAUGGAGACAAAUUCGGUAUCUGGUUUUCAAUCUGUUUCUCUCUUUUCAUUCUUUUGUAACACAUUCUUGAUUUAACAUUGAACAGGAUUGUUUUUUUAAUGAAGUGCCUUAUAGCAGUACUGCUACUCUGAACCUUUCCAGAUUUAGUCAUGUUGCCACCAGAGUAUUCAGUGAUCCUGUUGGGAUUUCAUGUGAAAAGGCCAACAGAAGGUAAUAUAACUGUGAAAUGGACAGAAAGGAAUAAAUAUAUGGUUUUCACAGAUUGCUAUGAAUAAAAAUCUAGUGAAACAAAAUGUC